AUGACCAUCCCAAGGUAUCUGACGGCAGCCCUUUGGCUGCUAACUGCAGUCGCCGCCUUUUCUCCCACUACUACCACCACUCGCCAUCCACUGCACUCGGUACAAUCAUCAUCUUUCAAACUCGCCUCUGCUGCCGCCAACGAGGAUGUUUGUACCAUUCAGAUCCUAAUGAGUGACACGGGUGGUGGUCAUCGAGCAUCUGCCAAUGCCUUGAGAGAUGCCUUUGAUGUCCUGCAUCCCGGAAAGAUACAAUGCGACAUUGUCGACAUCUUUACCGAUUAUGGUCCCUUCUGGCCGUUUACCGAUUAUCCUGCCAUUUACAAAAUCAUGGCCGAAUACAGCUUUUUAUGGGAUUGGUUCUAUCACUUGGGGGCUUCACCCUUUGGCUUGGCCGUCAAUGAAUUCCUCAUGGAACUCUUUUGCUUUGAUUCCUUUCAAGAGUGCCUAGCACGACCAUCCGGAUCCACCAACCAUCGGGCGGACAUGGUCAUUAGUGUCCAUCCACUCUGUCAGGACGUGCCACUCAAAAUCUUGUCGUCCUUGGACACCAACGGUCAAACACGGGCUCCGUCAGCCCGUACGACACCGUUUGUCACUGUUGUGACUGAUUUGGGCGGGGCCCAUCCAACGUGGUUCAACAAGGGUGUCAACAAGUGUUUUGUACCCACAGAUGCACUCUAUCAAUGUGCACGAGAUCGCAACGUCCAA